UGAAAACAUCAAAUUAAAUCAACAAGUUGUUUUAGAGCUGUAACGUCUACGUGCUCCACGAGAUAGGUGUUGGAAAACGUCCGCAAACAGCUGUUCCGAGCGCAUUGACCAACACCCAGGCUAGCAACUGGAAUAUAACAAAAUAUUAAAAAGUAACAAUAUAUUGGUUGCACGGCAAGUACAAAUAAUGUCUAAAGUGACCGUGCAGGAUAUUGAGGCCGUAGAUGAUUAUUGGGGGCCCACAUUUCGAUCUAUACUCGAAGGUAACAAUAGUAAAGUAAUCAGUGAGCAGCUGGACCAACGCGUACGCAGCCAUGAUAAAGAGAUCGAGCGUAUAUGCAACUUGUAUUAUCAGGGCUUUAUUGACUCCAUACAAGAAUUGCUGCAGGUGCGUACGCAGGCCAAGCAACUACAUGAUGAAGUGCACUCGCUGGACACAUCGCUUCGCACCAUAAGCGCAUCACUUAUUCAGCAGGGAAAUGAGCUGGUGCGAGCCCGUCAAAUCGAAUCAAAUGUGGCCAGUGCCAUUGAGGCGCUGAAGGCGUGCCUACCCGCUUUGGAAUGCUACAUGAAAUUUACGCAACAAGCCAAGAACAAACAAUAUUACCAGGCACUGCGAACGCUAGAGACCCUAGAAUCGGAGCACCUAUCGCGACUUCAGCGAAAUAACUAUCGCUUUGCCACACAAAUGCAAACUCAGAUACCCAUCAUUAAGGAGAACAUUCGCCGCUCAUCGGCGGCAGAUUUUCGUGAAUUUUUGGAGAACAUACGCAAAUUUUCACCGCGUAUUGGUGAAUUGGCCAUCACCCACACGAAACAACUUCAAAAACGCGACAUUAAUGCAAUUAUACAGGAACACAAACAACAGAGCAAUAGUGGUAGUGGUGAUGAUGAUGGUGCCAAUGUAAGCGCCCAGAAUUUAAUUGAUUUCUCACCCAUUUACCGCUGCCUGCACAUCUAUAUGGUGCUUGGUCAGCGAGAGUACUUCGAAAAGGACUAUCGCCAGCAGAGGCGCGAUCAAUCGAAGUUGGUUUUGCAACCGCCCCCAAAUAUGCAUGAUAAUUUGGAGGCCUACAAAACAUACAUAUGCGCAAUUGUGGGCUUCUUUGUGGUUGAGGAUCAUGUGAAGAAUACGGCAGGCGAUGUGGUCACCAGCAGCUAUCUCGAAGAGCUGUGGUCAACAUCGCUGACCAAGUUUGUUAAUGAGAUUAGCAUGAGCUCCUCCUCAUGCACAGAUCCAAAUAUAUUGUUACGCAUCAAAAAUCUCAUUAUGCUGUCGAUAAAUACCUUCAAGUGUUAUGGCUACACGGUACAAAUUCUAUGGGAGCUACUGCACGAUAUGCGAGAUCAUUACAACGAGGUGCUGCUUCAACGAUGGGUUCAUGUUUUCCGUGAGAUCUUGGACAAAGAGCAAUUUGUGCCCAUGGUUGUCGAAAAUAUAGAAGAGUAUGAAUGCAUUAUCGAGCGUUUUCCAUUUCAUUCCGAGCAGUUGGAGAAUGCGCCUUUCCCAAAACAGUUUCCAUUCUCACGCAUGGUGCCUGAGGUUUAUCACCAAGCGAAGGAGUUUAUGUAUGCAUGCAUGAAAUUUGCCGAGGAGCUCACGCUGUCACCAAACGAAGUGGCCGCAAUGGUGAGAAAGGCAGCCAAUUUGCUGCUCACUCGCAGCUUUAGCGGUUGUCUUUCAGUGGUCUUUCGCCAGCCAAGCAUUACGCUCAUUCAACUAAUACAAAUUAUAAUUGACACGCAAUAUUUGGAUAAGGCCGGCCCUUUUCUUGAUGAAUUUGUUUGUCAUAUGACAAAUACGGAGCGCAGCAUUUCGCAAACGCCUUCGGCCAUGUUUCAUGUGGCUCGGCAGGAUGCCGAGAAGCAGGUGGCGGUACGUAUAUGUUUUAAAAUCGACGAGUUCUUCGAACUGAGCGCCUAUGACUGGCUGUUGGUGGAUCCGCCCGGCAUAGCCUCCGCGUUUAUCACAGACAUGAUCUCCUAUUUGAAGAGCACCUUUGACAACUUCUCAUACAAGCUGCCACAUAUCGCCCAGGCUGCCUGUCGGCGCACCUGUGAACACAUUGCCGAAAAAAUCUAUCUGAUAUUAUUCGAUGAAGAGGUCAAGCAAAUAUCUACGGGUGCACUCACACAAAUCAAUUUGGAUUUGAUGCAAUGCGAAUUUUUUGCCGCCUCGGAACCAGUGCCCGGGCUGCACGAAGGCGAAUUAAGCAAAUAUUUUCAACGCAACCGUCAGCUCCUCGACUUACUUAUAUUGGAGGAAUGGAGCACAUAUUUCCAUGACUAUGGCAAGCAGGAAAAUCGUUACCAUUUGGUCGAACCCCAGUCUAUAAUUACAAUACUGGAGAAAAUACGAGAAGCUGACAAGAAGCCAAUUUUCUCGCUCGUCCGUAAAAAUGAUAAGAAAAAGCUACUUGAGACAGUUCUUAAACAGCUGAGACACAUAGCGGAGCGACAGACAUAGGAUGCCCUCAAAUGACACUGUUUUGGGUUUUUCUCAU